GGGCGGGGUAUAGUUUGCAGUGUGAUUGCUAUCUUCCUUGUCCAUCUCUGGGUUGCAGCAGACAAAUAGAGGGCUUUUUUUCUCCCGACGAACGAUGGACAUAUUCUGCUCUCAAAUCAAUUUCAGCUCAGUAACCAGAAUCUGAGGGAUGGCCUCGCGGACCGGCCAUUGGAAUCGUCAACAGAGGUAGAGUGUCGUUUCACGCGCUCGCACAGCCGUCGAUGUUGCUGGCGUCUGCACAAUGAGCGUAGCUCUGCAAGACCUGCGGAACAACAUGUCCAGCUACAAGCGAGCAACGUUUGAGGAGGAUGAGGUGUCCGACCACCCUGCUGAUGGUGGCCUGUCCCCUGACAGCGUGGAGGUGGGGUUCAGGAAGGGAGGGAUCCACCUCAUGGGUCCUCUGGGCCAGAGAACUCAGAUGGAGGUGGUGCUCUCUGGGCUGCUGCUGGCCUCACUCCUGGCCCUGUUGGGCUGCACCAUCACCCUGGGCGUUGGCUACAACCAAGACCCAGAGAGGAGCCUGUGCUUGACGGAGGGCUGCAUCGUGGUGGCCAGUAAGAUAGUGGAGGCUCUGGACCGCAGCGUGGACCCCUGCCAGGACUUCUACCAGUACGCCUGCGGGGGCUGGGUCCGCAAGAACCCCCUCCCCGACGGCCGCUCACGCUGGAGCACCUUCAACAGCAUCUGGGACCAGAACCAGGCCCUGCUCAAGCACCUGCUGGAGAAUGGCACGUUCAACUCCAGCAGCGAGGCCGAGAGGAAGACCCAGUUCUACUACCUGUCCUGUCUGAACGAGCAGCGCAUCGACGAGCUGGGAGCUCAGCCUCUCAUCGACCUCAUCGCCAAGAGCGGGGGCUGGAACAUCACAGGCCCGUGGGAUCAGGACAACUUCAUGGAGGUUCUGAAGAUGGUGUCGGGUCCGUACCGGGCCCAGCCCUUCUUCACUGUGGGCGUCAGCGUGGACCCCAAGAACUCCAACAGCAACGUCAUCCAGGUGGACCAAUCAGGGUUGUUUCUGCCCUCCCGGGAGUAUUACCUCAACAAGACAGCCAAUGAGAAGGUUCUGAAGGCCUACCUGGACUACAUGGUUGAGCUGGGCCUGCUGCUGGGUGGGGAGAGGAACUCCACAGAGCGGCAGAUGCAGCAGAUCCUGGAGUUUGAGACGGCACUCGCCAACAUCACCGUGCCGCAGGACGAACGCAGGGACGAGGAGAAGAUCUACCACAAGAUCACCAUCGCUGACCUGCAGGUCCUGGCGCCGGCGGUGGAUUGGCUGGACUACCUGAUCUCGGCUCUGUCUCCCCUGGAUCUGAACACCACAGAGCCGGUGGUGGUGUACGCCAGGGACUACCUGCAGCAGCUGUCUGAGCUCAUCAACAGGACAGACCACAGUCUGCUGAACAACUACAUGAUGUGGAACCUGGUCCAGAAGGGCGUUUCCAGUCUGGACCAGCGCUUUGAGAACGCCCAGGACAAGCUGCUGGAGAGUCUGUACGGAACCAAGAAGUCCUGCACGCCCAGGUGGCAGACCUGCAUCGGGAACACGGACGACACCCUUGGCUUCGCCCUCGGAGCUCUGUUCGUCAAAACCACGUUCGACAAACACAGCAAGGAGAUUGCUGAGGGGAUGAUCAACGAGAUCCGCACAGCGUUCAAAGCAGCUCUGGACCAGUUGAACUGGAUGGACCAGCACACGAGGCAGGCUGCCAAGGAGAAGGCGGACGCCAUCUAUGACAUGAUAGGAUUCCCUGACUUCAUCCUGGAUCCUAAGGAGCUGGAUGAUGUUUAUGAUGGGUAUGAUGUGUCGGAGGACAACUUCUUCCAGAACAUGCUGAACUUCUACAACUUCUCUGCCAGGGUGAUGGCUGAUCAGCUCCGCAAGCCCCCCAACAGAGACCAGUGGAGUAUGACUCCUCCUACGGUCAACGCCUACUACAUGCCCACCAAGAACGGCAUUGUGUUCCCUGCUGGGAUCCUCCAGGCUCCCUUCUACGCCCAGGACCACCCCAAAGCUCUCAACUUCGGGGGCAUCGGAGUGGUAAUGGGACACGAGCUCACCCACGCCUUCGACGACCAGGGAAGGGAAUACGACAAAGAUGGGAACCUUCGACCCUGGUGGCAGAAUUCCUCGGUUGAAGCCUUUAAGAACCGGACCGAGUGCAUGGUGGACCAGUACAGCCAGUACACCAUCAACGGGGAGCACAUCAACGGCAAACAGACGCUGGGGGAGAACAUCGCAGACAACGGCGGCCUGAAGGCAGCCUACAAUGCCUACAAGACGUGGUCGCAGGAGAACGGUGAGGAGAAGAGGCUCCCGGCGGUGAACCUGACCAACGACCAGCUCUUCUUCGUGGGUUUUGCCCAGGUGUGGUGUUCCGUACGGACCCCAGAGAGUGCCCACGAGGGACUCAUGACAGACCCACACAGCCCCCCCAAAUUCAGGGUCAUCGGCACCCUCUCCAACUCACCAGACUUUGCCGAGCACUUCCAGUGCUCUACUGGGUCCCCCAUGAACUCAGGACACCGCUGUGAGGUGUGGUAGGGGCCCCCGGGGGGGGCACAGGACAGAUGGCCACCAGGGGGCGCUGUCUACGGAGGGUGCUUGGAGGGAGGAGGAGAUGCACAUUCCCCAUGUUGUAGUUGAAGGACAUGAAUCUGGAUGACUGGUCGUUGAAGUUGCACAAAGGAUUCUGGGAUUUAGAGGCGAGAUGGAGAGAGAUGUGUUGUGGCUGUUGGUAUCCAGUGUGAGGGGAUGGUGUGUUACUGCUCUCUACAAAACCCUCGCAACAACCUCCCUCUGCAACCUGGUGUGGAGUGAAGUUAUGUCUUAUU